AUGUAUAAAAAAUUAUAUAUAAGUUCUAAAUUUUUAAUUAAAAAUAAAAAAUAAAAUUUUUCUUAAAUAUAUAUUCAACCACCAGCUCUAUUAUUAAAGAAUCGGGAAUUAUUAUAUCAGACAACAAAUGAAAUAUUAUAAUCUCAUGAUUUUUUUAAAUAAUUGAAAACAUAAUAUCCAUAAAAAACUCACUUUUCAGCAUAUGCUGGAUUUGAUCCAACUGCAGAUUCUUUGCAUUUAGGGAACUUAGUUUCAAUUUUGACUAUGGUAAGACUGGCUCUAAUUGGAAUAAAGCCUAUUUUUUUAAUUGGAGGAGCCACUGGUUUAAUUGGCGAUCCUUCAGGAAAGAAUUAAGAACGAGAAAUGCUAAGUAGAGAUUAAGUAACUGAAAAUUUAAAAGGAAUUGAAGAUAUUUUAAGAAUUUCUGGAAGUUUUGAAAUAAUAAAUAAUUAUGAAUUUUAUAAAAACAUGAAUAUCAUAGAUUUUAUAAGAGAUAUAGGAAAAUAUUUUAGAAUGAAUACUCUUUUAAAUAAAGAUACCAUAGCUAAAAGAUUAGAAACAGACUAAGGAAUAUCAUAUACUGAAUUUACUUAUACAUUAUUAUAAGCAUACGAUUUUGAAAGACUAUUUGUUGAUAAAAAUUGCGUAUUAUAGGUUGGAGGAAGUGAUUAAUGGGGAAAUAUUACAAGUGGAAUAGAUCUAAUUAGAAGAAAACAUAAAAGUGAAGCUUUUGGUAUUACUACAAAUUUAAUUUUGACUUCUUAAGGCAAAAAGUUUGGUAAAAGUGAAGGAAAUGCAUUAUGGAUUGACUCUAAAAAAACAAAAUAUUAUGAUGUUUAUUAAUAUUUGAUUAAUACACCAGAUUAAUAAAGUAUUUAAUAUUUGAAAAUGCUUACUUUUCUUCGUUUAGAUUAAAUACAAGAAGUUUAAUAUAAAAAAAAAUAUAUUAUAUGUAAUUAUUUAUUUAUAGAUUGA